AUGCUUGCUCGCUCCUACACCAGUGGUUACGCGCACGCCAGCGACCAGCGUGGUGUCGCCUUUGACGGCAUAUGGACUCUGAUGCCGAGCGGCCUCAGCAAGGCUGCCAUGCCACUUGCACCACCCAGCCUGGAGCCUCACGCCGCACAAUGUUUGGAACAUUCUGACACAUGCUGCAGUUCCCUUACUUCUCCUCACUCACUAGCGUUCCGCCUUUCCAAUCGUCUCUCACAUGGCAUGGACUCGUCUGCUGCUCCCGAGAUAGCCCCUCACGAGGCAUCAAUCUGCGAACAGCUCACCCGCAAAAUCAUCCUCUGUAAUGCAGCGGGGAGUAUAGCUGUGCAGUCGCCCGCAUCAUCAGCAGCAUCGUCGACCAACCCUCCACUAGCUGUUGUCCUACAGGAAGCAUCAACCACCAUCCGCUAUCAUGCCAAAUGGUUUGCUCCCCCUGCUCUCGACACCCUUCUCCAGCAUGCCUUGGAUGGCGCAAGCAGGUCUUCUUCCACCACCGACCUAUACGCCGCCUUGACCCUCAUCGACACCAUUGGCAUCUACUCCCUGAUCCCCACGCUCCUUCCGCCAGUGCGAUUCAUUGCCUAUGCAUACUAUCAAGGAAGCCGCUCCAACCGACACCGGAAGCUGACCCAGCAUGCGUGGAUGGUCGCACAGCAUAUCAUCGACUCGCACCUGGGAGGCCAAUUCGCCGACGCACUUCUUGAUGUUAUCAGUGACCAUCGAAGUGUGCUCUCCAAGUACAAAUUUGCCGCAACUAUAGGCGCCCUCAUGAUCACCACACAGAAGUUGCUGCCGGACCGAAAUAUCGGCGCGCACGCCUUACAGCCUAUUCAGCUUUUGCUUGGACUACAACAGGCGUCGGUCGGAGAUCACGCCAUCCUUCGGGAACAAGUGACUAUCCUUGUAGGAACCCUGUUGCGAAAUGAAGCCAUCACCCACGAUAUUGCUAGCGACGCCGGAUUGGGACUGUGCCUGGAGCUUGUCAGCAGCUGCGUGGUCCAUGCCUUGGAUAGAGAGACCCUUGACUUUCUAUUUGUUGCGUUGGAGCCUAGAAUUGGCAAAUUCGAAUUGCGCCAUCAGCCAGAUUUAGCACGUCUAUUUGUGGAUGCACGUCGACCACUACCCUCAUCACUCUCGAAGGAACUACUUGUGCCAUGGCAGAGAUAUCUCAUGCUGGACGAGCUUGAGACGUGGGAAAGUGGCUAUCGAGAGUUGCUGGCAAAGCUCAGCGACUCAAGCCUUUACCUCGAAGAGCUGGAAGAGUUCAUCAAUAUCAGCGUCUCGGCCUACUUUCAGAGUGACAAUACUGUAGCACGGCGGGACUUUGUCUACACCCUGCAAACCUUGAUCCAAGACAAAGGCACCGCUGUCCCCGCGGUCGAGGUUCUAUCAAGAGGCUUGGUCAGAAUAUUCACCUACAAAACGCAGAAGGAGAAAUGGGAGGCGCAACGAAACUGGCUUUUUCCAUUGCUUUGCAAUGUCGCAAAGUCCAGCGUCGAAGUGACGAGAAUGCUGCUGAGUGUGCGAGCAGAUGCUGCGGGAGAGGGAUAUCUGAGCCGUGCCUGGACAUGUGAACCGAACAACCACGAUCUCGUCCGAUCGACAAACAUUCAUGGCCUAUCGUCGCUCUCCCUCAGCGCCUUGGUUGAUUCCAUCCACGGUAUGAUCGUUCGUGCGCCCGAGAGAUGGGAGGUAUACAACACUUUUCUGAGGUCACUGCCUGCACUUGUACGCAAUCAUGCACUAUGGCAUGGCAAUCACCACCAGAUCAACUCUCUCCGGACCGCAAUCUGUGAGCACCUUAUGGCAGACUCAUUUGUGGAUCCACCGAAUGAGACCGGCUUGACCAAAUCCUACAUCGUGGCUCAAUUGGUCCAGAUUCUGACCGCGACCAUCAGCUAUCACCAACGCCUACCGAGGAACGACAUCAAGACAGCCAUUGUGACCAUUAUCAACGUGGCUGGAUCCAGAGACCACACUGUCAGUGUCCACUGCAUACACGCGCUGACGAUAUCAUGCUACGAGCUACCUGAAGUGAUGGCUGGUUACAUGGACGCGAUCAUUAAUAAGAUGGCUCGGAUGGUUACGCAGAGGAACCUGGCUUUAUACGUCCUCGAAUUCUUCGCCGGCCUUUCUAGAUUUCCGGAUCUACAAGAUCGUCUGCGCAGAGAAGAUUUCAAGCGUAUUUUCGGCGUGUGCCACAGCUACCUUCAAUCCGUGCGAAGCACAUCAAUGCUGGAGCGCAAGCGGACUCCAAGCUCUGAGCAAAGUGCAGGCUUGAGCAGCACCAAUUCAAUCGAUGACAUGGCUCAAUACGUGUAUGCCCUUGCGCACCAUGUCAUAACAUUUUGGUAUAUGGCGCUUCGGAAGGAGGACCGGCAUGGACUGAAAGAGUACAUCACAAGCUGCCUGAAAUAUACCGAUAUCGAUGGAACGGAGCAUAUAGAAGAUCAGGGUCUGGUGACCAUUGACCUCAUGGACCGAGUUGACGCAGAUGAGAUCAAUAGCACUCCUCUCGGUACCGUCUUCGAUACGAGUGAUGGACGCAUCAUCACCCGACAUCGUGUUACAGGAAUUCUCGUCAUCACAACUGAAACAGCGCUGCGGACCGGAAAGACCAUUGUCACAAUUCGGCGACCUUCAGGUUCCGCACAGCGACUCUUAUCAUCUCACAUGGAGCACGAUCUUGAGAGCGCUGGAGACCUCGAAGCGCGAUUCACUGCUUCGGUGACUGUGGAAAAUGACACUCAGGACUACAUCAGUGUAUUUCCAGAUGAUAUCACCGGUCGAACUUAUGGCAAAGUCGCCAUACCUAGACCUUCUUCUGCCCUGGGCUCAUUCGAGAUCAUAACAUUACCGGAAGAUGAAGCAGUCAUGCGAGCGAUCCAAAUGCUGGACCGGACACCAGCCUUGGACUCUCACAAAGCAGGAGUUAUCUUCGUUGGAGAAGAGCAGACGUCGGAAGAUCAGAUUCUGCUGAACACGUCAGGAACACCUGACUACCGAGAAUUUCUCGAAGAUUUGGGCUCCUUAAGGAAAUUGAAAGAUGCCAAGUUCAACACGCAGGGCCUGGACCGAGCCAUGGAUGCCGAUGGCGCAUACACCAUUGUCUACAACAACGACGUUACCGAGUUGGUCUACCACAUCACCACAUUCAUGCCAAACGAUGCUCAUGACCAGAAGAUGACCAUCAUCAACAAGAAGCGUCACAUCGGCAACGACUUUGUCAACAUUGUCUUCAACACGUCCGGCCACGAAUUCGAUUUCAACACCUUCCCGUCUGCAUUCAAUUAUGUCUAUAUUGUUAUCACGCCAUCCGAGCGCACGAGCUUCCUCCAAGCACGAGAGUUCACGUGUACCAAGGACAAGAAAGAGCGGUUCUACAACGUGCGCGUACUGAACCGGCCUGGCUUUCCGAGUCUUUCAUCUGCCGGCGAAAGGAAGGUCAUUUCAGGCGCAUCAUUGGGUGGUUAUGUCCGGAAUUUGGCAUUGAAUGCGUGUGUCUUCUCGCUCAUGUGGCAGCAAGGGGACACGGGCGAAUAUCCAUCCAGCUGGCGUCAGAGAUUACAGAUGAUCCGGCGUCUGCAGUACAAGGCCAAGGCGGCCUCUUGA